UUCUAGAGGCGUGGUGAUCGUCAUGGUUGGCUUGAUCAUCUCGCCGGAUUAUCAUUGUUAAGCUGGCUGAUCCUUGUUCCAGAGAAAGCUGAAAUAGUGAGUGUAUUAUCGAGAUUCUGAUGUUGUAGGCUAGCCGUUCCAGUCUAACCUUCUCGAGAGGUACCGCCGUACCGGACCACAACCCACCACGUCGGAGAGCCUGUUUCUCAUCGGAUUCUAAUUUAUAUUAGCGUUUACGGACUCUGGUUCCGUCCUUAGAUAUUCCCAUCAGUAACAGGCUGAGUGCGGGGUACUAUAAGACAUUGGAUACGCACAUUCUACGUCGAUUGGAGUUUUACGCCUAUUUAAUUUCAGCAUUACAUGAUGCUGGAAGCUCUCACUGGCACCGGGAGUCCGAACUAUGCCGCUGGCGUCGUCACAGUCGUAGCGAUACUCGUUGUGUUAUACAAGAAAUUCUCGUUAUCUGGCAGGAAGGGCAUCCCGCUUCCCCCUGGACCCCCCGCCUGUUGGUUCUGGAGCAACGCUUUGCCUGCUGUGAACAUUGCCUAUGCGCUGACCAACUUGGUUCGAGAGUAUGGGCCGGUUGUGUCGUUCCGACAAGGUAGCCAAGUGAUAAUUGUCAUUGGCAGCAUGGAGGCAGCAGCGGAUAUCAUGGAGAAAGAAGGUGGAUCACUGGUAGAUCGACCUCGGUCCAUUGCCGCGGGCGAGAUUCUCUCAAAUGGAAUGAGUCUCACCAUGGCUCGUUCUGGAGAACGCUUCCGGCGCCUCCGAAAAGCAGUACAUUCUCAUUUACAGCCAAAGGCGGUGGAGACAUAUCAAGAUAUGCAACGCGAGAAUGCGAUGAGUUUUAUAUUGGAUAUGCUGAAUGACCCGACGAGCCACCAAAAGCACGCACAGCGGUAUGCAACAUCAGUCGUUCUUCGGGUGACUUAUGGGAAGUCUGCGCCCACUGCCAGCGCCGAUCCCGAACUUGUCCGUAUCCGCAGAGUCGUUGAACAUUUCCAGGUUGCAGUUUGCCCAGGAGCUUAUCUCGUCGAUCGUGUGCCCCUUUUGCGCUACUUGCCUGGUUACGGAAAACAACUCUAUGAGUGGCAUCAUGAGGAACUUGAGUUAUUUAGGCAUCAACUAAGGCGCGUCGAGAGUGAAGUGGUGAGGGGCACUCUGUUUGAUAAACGUACAUCAAUCAUACAUAUCUUGUUGUACCGGGAUCAGGACAACGCUGGCCCUUCUUUAACCAAGGCACUAUUGGAAAACACCGAAGAACACCAACUCUCUACAGAUGAGAUGUCGUAUCUCACCGGAUCACUCUUUGGGGCGGGAUCUGAUACGACCGCUAUUGGAAUUACCGCUACUGUUAUGGCUGCGGCGUGCCACCCACUGGCUCAGGCAAAGGUGCACGAAGAGCUCGAUAUGGUCAUCGGGCCAGACAGAACGCCGAUAUUUAAUGACUCGAGCUCGCUCCCUCAAUUGCACGCGUUCUUGUUGGAGGCUUUGAGAUGGAGACCUAUCGUUCGCAUAGGAUUUCCCCACCGUGCCACCAAGGAUAUUUUGUGGCAAGGAUAUUGCAUCCCCAAGGGUGCAACAGUCUACGGCUGCCAUUGGACUCUUUCUCGCGAUCCUAUCGUCUUCCCAGAUCCUGAAAUAUUCAACCCCCAGCGCUGGCUCGAUUCAGAAGGCCGCCUUAAGAACAAUAAUAUGAAGUUCAUCACUUAUGGCUUUGGUAGACGUGUAUGUCCCGGCCUGCACCUCGCAAACCACUCGUUGUACAUUGCCCUUGCAUUUCUCUUGUGGUCUUUCCGAAUUGUUCAACGACCUGACGCACCGAUCGACACGCACGCUUUCAGUGACGUGGUCACUCCCCAUGCAGCGCCAUUUAAAAUUGAUGUCAUUCCCCGAGUCGAGGUUGCGAAGCUGAGGGCGAUGAUGACGGAUAGGUGUACGGAUUAGAGUGUUUAAAACUGUAGUUGCCUUUGCAACUAACACAUCAUGAUGAGUGCAAAAAAGGGCAAACACGACUACAGGAUUCGCAGUGUGGUUGUUACUGAAAGUCCUGGUGAAUACAGAUGAUUCGG